CAAUCACUUCGUACGCAAGCUCGAUACGCUCCUGCAGAUGACAGUCCGAGCGAAAUGUACCGACAAUCGGGCUUAGCUACUCCAAGAGAGCUAGUGAACUAUCUGAACCAGUAUGUGGUUGGCCAGGAGAAUGCGAAGAAGGUCCUUUCCGUGGCUGUCUUCAAUCAUUAUAACCGUGUGCAUGCUAACAUGAAGGCCAUGUACUAUGAUGAGCCACCGCAUAUGGCUAUGCCAAACUACCUAAACAGCCAAACGCGAACAUCUCCUAAUCGUAGUCCAGAAACAACUAGUUUCAGCGCCCCUAUGCUGCCUCUCUUUGAGAAGAGCAACGUGCUUGUGAUCGGUCCGACCGGUUCUGGGAAGACGCUGCUGGCGAAAACCCUUGCACAUGUACUGGACGUACCAUUCUCCGUUAGCGAUGCAACUACUUUCACCCAGGCAGGAUACGUAGGAGACGAUGUCGAAGUGUGUGUACAGCGCUUGCUACAAGCGGCAAACUGGGACCCUUACAAAGCGAACAUUGGUAUCAUCUAUAUCGACGAAGUAGAUAAGAUCGCUCGCAAGUCAACUGGUCCGGAAUCAACUCGGGACGUAGGCGGCGAGGGCGUCCAGCAAGCCCUUCUUCGCAUGAUGGAAGGCUCGAUCGUGAAUGUUCCCGCGAAAGGCCCCUCGAUGCCGCCACCUUCAGGCAGCACACGAUCAAGUCGCGGCCAAGCGAUGCCUGCGCCCGUUCAAUGGCCGGAGUCGUAUGCUGUCGAUACCUCAAACGUCCUCUUUAUCAUGAGCGGUGCAUUUGUCGGCCUCGAGAAUAUCAUCAAACGACGGAUAGCCAAAGGGUCGAUAGGGUUUACUGCUAAUCUCUCGUCGCCUGAAGAGUCUUCCCCUGCAAGUUUGCCGUUCUUCACCCCCAAUAGCAACACCAAUGGUAACAUUUUGGGCAAAGUCGAGCCAGCCGAUCUUGUCAAAUAUGGAUUCAUUCCCGAAUUCAUAUCAAGGAUGCCCUCUAUCACGACGCUCUCGCCAUUAACUCCGUCUGAUCUGCGCCGCGUGCUGACCGAAGUCAAAGGCUCGCUCAUCUCGCAAUAUACCGCCUUGUUUGGCUAUUCAGGUAUUGAAAUUCGGUUUACCCGCGCCGCUAUCGACCAGAUUUGCAAGAUGGCGGCGGCGAGAGGUGGCGGUGCACGAGGCCUGAGGGGCAUCAUGGAGUCCCUGCUUCUAGACCCUAUGUAUGAAGCUCCCGGUUCGUGGAUCAGUCAUGUUCUCAUCAACGAGGCGACUGUCCUUGGACAAAGCCCACCUAUGUACUGGGGAGCGGGGCAGACAGAAGCUUUGACGUUCCACGAUGCUUGGUUGGCGGAAGAAGAGAGAUACAAUGAGAAUCCUCCAUGACUCUGAUAGUUGCAACACCGGACAAUCGACAGUGUGGACCGUCGAUAGCUACUCAGUCUUGUUGUAGUAGGUACUGUAAACCAUGAUGUAUUGUAUGGGGCGGAAAGAAUGGGAUGGAGAAGCACGCUACACAUGUAGGAUCAUUAUGCGAAAGUGGGGACACAUGAGCAGAUACACCAUACUGGAUACACGCCCCGACAGCACUUCUACCAAAGGAUACACAUGAUUCUCUUCUCUCGUCGAAACUGGUGAUAGGUGAAUGGAUGCCACAGAUGAAUGCCGAUACCGUCAAGGGUAGGUGGGGAUAUAUUGACAGGGGGAUGCAUUUACUCGUCCUUCUUCUCUUCAGCCUCCUCUUUCUUCUCCUCGGCGACGGCCUCAUUCUCUUCCUCCUCCUUCUUCUCCUCCUCAGCAGCAGCAGGUGUCUCCUCGGUCUUCUUCUCUUCUGAGGCACCACCGGUGAGCUCCACGUUGUGCUUUUGCGCCUUCUCGAACUCCUCCUUGAAUUGCGCUGCGUUCUCAGCAUUCGCGAAACGGAUAGCGAGAGUCUCAGAAGUGGGGGGUUCCUCAGAGUAGUCAGCAGCUACUUUCCAGACCCAACUCCGGUCCGAACCAAUGUUAGGCUGGAGGCGCAUGUCGGAGGAGAUGAGGUGGUUCGCGCAGACCUUGAGGGUCUUAUCGCGUCUCAUCACGAGACGAAUUUUCUUCGUCUCCUUGUGUUGAAGCAGACGGACGUCGCCCGUACCACGCUCCUUCCACUCUGAGGCCUCAGUCGCGAACCGGAAGAGCUUCGCCCGCAUUUUGAAGAGAACCUCUUCAUCCUCCUCGUGGGUCUUGGUCUCGACCUGCUCGGUGAGCUUGAUCACGGGCUCAAAAUGAGGGUCGUGCUCCUCGUCCCGGGGCGCGAGGGCGUCGGUAGGCUCGGACAUGGUAUCGUUGAUAUUGGUCGUGAAAGAGAGAGCGAGUGAUGAAGAUGAGAGAGCGAUCUGAAAAAGUGCAGUAGAGAGGAAGGGCCUCGAG